AUGGUUGCUGAUAAUGUGCCUCUAAGAGGAGGUCUGCUGGACGGAGGAAGAAGCUCUGGGGCUGAACAUUGUCGUGAAAGAGAGAAGGAAGAGGAGGAUGUCACAGUUAAACAAGAAGUAGAGGGUGAGACUGUUACAGUGAAAGAAGAAGAGAAAGACGUUUCAGUGAAAGAAGAGGAAGACGAGUUCAGAGUGAAAGAAGAGGAGGAUGCAGUUUUUGGAGUGAAGAAGGAAGGGGAGAUUACUGUCACAUUGAAAGAUGAAGAGGAUGAGGUGGGAGAUCUGAUUAACACCAGAGAGAGACCAGAAUCUCCCUCUGACAACGGGAAGAGUCCUUCAGGGCAAUCAGACCCAGAGAUGCCCAAAGAAAAAGGAGGACAUCACUGCUCCCACUGUGGAAAGACUUUUACCAAGUUAGGGAACCUGAAUAGGCAUGAGAGGACACACACAGGAGAAAAACCUUUCCAAUGCUCCCAGUGUGGAAAGAGUUUUAACGAACUAGGGUACCUAUUAAUACACAAGAGAAUACACUCUGGAGAGAAGCCUUACCACUGUUCCAAAUGUGGAAUGACUUUUACCUGGUUAGGGAGCUUGAAAACACACGAGAAUACACACGGGAGAAAAUCCUUUCCUAUGUUCCCACUGUGGAAAGAAUUUUACCCAGUUAGGGAACCUAAAUCGGCACAAGAGGACACACACAGGAGAGAAGCCUUAUCACUGUUCCCAGUGUGGAAAGAGUUUUAGGGUUUAGUGAGCCUGAAACAGCAUGAGAGGACACACACAGGAAAAAAGCCUUACCAAUGCACCAUAUGUGGAAAGAGAU